GUGCACGGUGAGCUCGCUAUGUGAUGGACCGAGAGCUUCACGCGCACCAAUCAGCAGGCUGACAGCGCGUGCCAUCGUUGGAAGAGAAUGGAGCUUCUUACCGGGAACCGAUCCGCCUGAUGAUCCGGACUCUCGGGGACGAUCAGACCCGGUCCCGGUCCUCGUGGGGCUGGACAGUCCGCGCGUGUGUGUGUGUCCCUCUGUGUGUGAGAGAGAGUGCGUGUUUCCGCUCAGGGUCUCCGGUACAUCUCCGCGCGCGGACACACCGAGCUUCUUCUUCUGCCUCCGGUAGGACGAAACCCGGGGCGCGUCCCCGACAGAGAGCGCGUUCACGAGGACCGGGUCCGGGUCUAUCAGCGGGCACCGGCUGGAGGAGAGAAACCGGAUUUAGAUUUUAUUAAAAUUAGGAUCAAAAUAAAGAUUUAAAUGAAAUAAAAGAGAAAAGAUGAAGAUAAAGAUUAAAAAUGAGAAGAUUGAUCAUGUUCCUCUCCUCCUCCUCUCACAGACUCUCUCUCUUCUUUCAUUCUGAGGUAAAUUCAUAAAAUCAUCAUCUGUGUUUAUUUUUAUUUUCUCUACAGUGACUGAAAUAAACGGAGGAAGGGUCGUUAUGAAGGCUGCAGCGCCCCCUGCUGGACAACAUUAACCCUCAACUGAUUCAAACCCUCAUUAGAUUAAUGUGUUUGUGUUCUAAUCAUGAAUAUGAUAAUAAUGAUAAUUGUAUAUAUAUUAACUGUAUCCGUGUUUCAGGAAAGAUAAUUAUUUUUAAAAUUAUUUAAAAAAAAAUGUUUUUAAAAUUGUUUUAAAAAGAGAGAAAAACAAAAAUUAGUGAUGUUUGAUGUUUAAUUAAUCCAUGACUAUCCAAGAGAAAAAAAACAGUUAAAAAUGUUUAUGAGGUUAAAAACUGUAAAUAAUAAUAACAAUUAAACUAAAAUGAAUAAAGCUAAUGAUUAUUAAAAAGACUGAAUUGUGUAUUUGGCGCCAUCUGCUGGUGAGUUCAGGUCACUGUUACCUUAUUUGUACCUGAAGGUUUGAUUAGUUCAGCAGAGAUCUGAUCAAAUCCAAUAAAAGAACAACAUGAAACUUUAAAAUAAUCAAUAACACAAAAACACAGUAGGGGAGACCGGGGCAAAUGUAACUACGGUAAAGUAUGAGGGACAUAAUAAAGACAAUAAUGGUUUUUUUUAAGUUGUUCUGUCAUGAGAAUAAAAUACAUUCAUAGUUAUGACAAAAAAUAAUAAAUUUGUAAUAAAUUGAUAAUGUUAAGAGAAUAAAGUCAUCAUGUCCUGUUAGGAGAAGUGUGCGGAUUGUCCCUUUAACUUGUAUCAGGACGUAGACAGAGCCACAUUAAUGUCAGUCUGUUUAAUAACCUGCAGUACACUCCUGAAGGGGGCGCUGUGUGUAGUGACUGAGUGUAGUGACCAUGCUGACCUGAGUUUUAGUCUCUGUCUGGGUAACAAAACAAAACCCAAAGAAUAAUGUUGAUAAAAUGUCUCCAACACUGAGUCAUGGACUCCUUUAAGGUCUCAGCUCUUUUUUUCUGGUAAAUGAAGUUUAAAGUUCAGGAAAUAAAACCAUCAUCAGAAUUCUGAGGAGGUAAAAACUAGAAAUGAGAUUUCCUGGAACAUUUUCAGAGACGAGCAGAAAGUCCUGAAGGGUUCGGCUCUGCUCUGGUUCUUCCUCUGACUCAGCUGGUUUCAGUUUUUCUCUGUUCAAACCCGUUCAGCCUGUUCAGGGACUCAGACUCAGGAACUUCCUCAUAAUCCUCCUGGACCUCCUGCAGCUCUUCGAUUAUUGUUCUAGAGUUCAACCAGGACUUUCUAAAACCAUCAAACCUCAGAGUGGAACAUGAGGAACUCUGAAACCCCCAUCUGCUGUCUUAUUGUGUAUGAAGUGAAUGUAAAGGUCAGACUGAGGUUACACAACAGUCCGGGGGAACUCUCACAUCCAGGUCUGUGUCAGGUCUGUAGGUCAGGUGAUAAGACCACAGCAGGUCCACUCAGACUCAGACUCAGAUUUCCUCAUUUCUCCAGAGUCACAAACCAGCUGGAGAUCAGAGACCUAAACCUGAGACCAGAUGAUGGUGCUAAUAAUAAUAAUAAUCAUGAUAAUAAUAAUAAUCAUGAUAAUGAGGAUGAUAAUAAUGAGGAUGGUGAUGAUGAAGACUAUGAUGACAAUGAUAAUGAAGAUGAUGAUUAUAACGAAGAUUAUAAUGAUAAUAAUGAUGAUGAUAAUAAUUGAUUAUUUCUUAAAUUUCUUUUUUUGUUUCUUGUUUUUAGAUUUUAAACCUCCAGUGUUUCCCUCUCUUGAAUAUCAAAAUGUUGUUUCCUCCUCAUUGAGAACGUUCCUGUUUCUAUGAAAUCAAGAACUUUUAAGUUCAUGUGUUUUAAUUCAUGUUUCUGAUCUUAGAUGGUUGGAUUGAAGGGUUGGGCUGAUGUAGAUUUGGGUUUUCUUUGUUUCUUUUAUUCAUCGGCUGUGAAAAACACUGUUCUACAUGUUUUUUCUAUGAAAACUGUUAUAAUAAUAAAGACUGAUUGAUUGAUUGAUUGAUUGAUUGAUUGAUUGAUUGAUUGAUUGAAGUCCAGGGUUCUGACUCUGAAGGUAGUUUGGUUAUAGCAGCUCUGUCUUUAACUUUAAACUUUAAGUAAAGUAAACUCUCUCUCUCUCUCUCUCUCUCCGUGUGUGUCUCUGUAUGUGUGUGUGUGUGUGUGUGUGCAUAUAUAUAUAAAAACUCACGCCGGUUUUUCCCUGACUCAGCAGGUCUGCAGGAAGUGGAUCGGGUCAGACUUUCCUGCCCUGGUUGAGAAUUUCCGAAGUGGGAGUGGUCAGUCAGCAGGGGGCGGUACCGGGAAGUGGAGUCUCUGUGGAGUUUCGUUUUCAGACUCAUACAUCUGUUCCUGUCUGCAGGUGAGGACUCGGACCGUCUCUGGAUGUCCCCCCUCGGUCUGAAGUCUGACCCCCCAUGUCCGUCAUGACGGAGGCCGUCCUCCUGGACCUGGUCCACGGCUGCUGUCCCUCCUGCACCGGCGCGGCUCUGCAGGAGGACUCCGUGUCGCACCGGCGGCAGGUCUUCCUGCUCCGCGGGAAAAAUCACCUGAACCCGGACAGCCUCUCUCACCUGAGCGCGUGCACUGCAGGCAGCGCGUGCGUCUUGGACUCGGAGUCCACGGUGGAGAGUCUGAUCCGGUUCAAAGAGACUGUAGACCAGCAGGACCUGAGCUCCAUCCGGGUCCUCACGUCUCCUCGGGGCAGAGAGGUCCUGCAGGUCUACCAGGACCUGCUCUUCACGGCCGUUUACACCUUCAGAUACUCCCUGAUCCACCAUACCUGUGAGGACUGCACAAGCCCCGCCCCCGCCGCCUCACCUGCUGACGUAGAAGAAGAGGUUUCCAAGUUUCUGCAGAAGGUUCCUGGUCUGAGAGGAGACCUGAGGGUCCUGAGGUCUUCACUGAUACCAGGUCAGUCUGAGUAAACACGGUCAGGGGUCUUUAACACAGUCAGUACAAUACUUCACAGUUAUUCAAGUCAUAAUUAUAAUAAUUAUAAUAAUAACAACAUGUAGUCAAAAAGCACAUGGAAAAAGAUAAAAACAAACAUUUCAGUUCAAACAAAAUUAAAGGAACAUUUUCAUGUCAGACAAGAACCUGUUUUAAUAAAAACACAACAUAGUUAAGAAAAAAGAAAACGCAAAUAAAAGGGGGUCAAAAGAGGAAAAGUACUUUAUAUUUAUUUAAGUUUCUUAUAUUUAAGGGAAGUUAUAAUUUAAGGGAAAAAUUUACUUGAAUCUAAAUUUAAUUCAGACAAAGAGGAAGAAAAGUUUUUGUGUUUCUCUGGAGUUAAAGUUCAAACAUGUUUACACAGUUUAAAAUGAGAACUAAAGAGACUUUUAUUUUGAAGAGGUACAUAGAUGAGGGAGGUGUUGGGAAGCAUUAAGUGUUCUGAGGUUUUAGUUUCUUUAGUUUUUGUUUCUUGUUGUAUUUAGUUUAGUUGUUUUACUGUGUGUGCUGUAUGAAGUGGAAGUAGAUUUUGUUUUUAAUACAAAGUCAUAAACGUACUUUAUUGAUCAUAAUUAUCAGGUAGAUCUAAACGAGCUGAAAGGAAGCUCGGUGUGGGUAAUUAUUAUUUAAAGGGAAGAGGUGGGAGUUUAUAAGUUAUUCUUCUUUUUUGAAAAUGUAUUUUUAUGUUUAAAUGUUUCGCCUUACUUUUCUUGUUUUAUUUUUUAUAUUUUUGGUUUGCAUAUUCGAAAAAAACUUCAAUCAAUCAAUCAAUUAAUCAAUCAAUCAAUUCAGGUUUGUGUUACUGGAAUAAUCUGUACGGUGGCCGAGAGACGCCACUGCUGCAAAUAAAAAAGAAUGGGGGAAAAAAAGGAAGUUAACGAUGCAAAAAAAAAAUGAUGUCGCCCUCGCCGUCGUCUCCUGUGUCGUAUCGGUCCCCAGCAGCUCACUUCAGUUGUGGCUUUUUUUAAUUUGCAUCCUUUUAUUUUUACAGUAAGAUACUUUUUUUUGCCUCAGUAACUUCCGUUGUUCUUUUUUUUUGUUUGCAGAAGUAAACAAAGUUAUUCUGAGCAGUAAAUCAGUUUCCCUGAAAAAUAAAAUAAAUAAAUGAUUUUUGUUUUUCACGGUUCCUCCAUCUUUCUGUCUCUCAGACUCCUUCGGUCACGGCUUCAGCACCCGUGGCGGCGGCGUCUCCUCCAUCUCCACCAUGUCCUCGUUGAACCUGUUCAGCAGCAGCAGGAGGCGGGACUCCCGGGCCGUGGUGACGGAGAACAGACGCCGCCUGGCCGUCCACGCCGGUUUUCCUGCUCAGCAGCUCCGCCUGGUCCAGGUACGUAGACCGGAUCAGCACAGUCAGCUGAUUCCCUGUCAUAUUUAUCAUAUUUCAUUUUGUGUUUUAUUUUGGCGGUUUCUUCUUCAUUUGUGCUCAUAAUCAGGACUAAAGACUGGAAACGUGCUUUUAUUUUGAAACAAACAGGAAGUAAAUCUCUCGCCUCCUUCAGGUGAAUCACGCCAACGACGUUUGGGUUCUGGGUAAAGAGGAACCUCAGAGUUACGACGCCAUGGUCACAAACCGGACUGAUGUGGUUUUGGCGGCACCGGGCGCCGACUGCAUGCCCAUCCUGUUCGCUGACCCGGUGUCAAAGGUCAUCGGCGUUGCACACUCAGGUGGGGAUUUGAUUGGCUGAGAGUUUCUUUAACGCUCGGACCUCAGAUCUGAACUGUAAUCUGGUUCUGGUCCUCAGGCUGGAGAGGCACCCUGAUGGGGGUCGCCAUGGUGACAGUGGAGGCGAUGGUGACAGAGUUCGGUUGCAGAGCGAGUGACAUCCUGGUUGCCGUGGGGCCGUCUGUGGGGUCGUGCUGCUUUAGUCUGCAGAGGGAGCAGGCGCUCGACUUUUACAACAUCCACCCGGACUGCGUCCCCGACCCCGAGUCUGAGACGCCGCACGUCAACAUCCGGCUCGCCAACAGGUCAGCGAGACGCGACAGAAACAGGAAACAGCCACAGUUAGUGCGGCUGACAUCACUUCCCCUUUAAGGGUUAAGUCCUUCUGAUAAUAAUAAUGUAAUAAUAACAUAGUAUGAUGAUAAUAUGAUAUAAUUUAAUAAUAAUGUAACGCCGUUUCUGUUGACCCCCCCCAGACUCCUCCUCCAGCGCGGCGGCGUGCUCCCAGAAAACAUCCAUGACGACACGGUGACGGAGCGCCCGAGCGUGACCCCCUGCACUUCCUGUCACCCUGAACUCUUCUUCUCUCACCGCAGAGACGGGAAAGAGUUCGGUACCCAGGUGGGCUACCUGUGGAUCAGAGAGACCCCGCCCCCAAAUACACGCUAAUGUGAAACCAGGACUGACAGAGACCCGGGUCUGAAUAUGUGAACGCCUCCUCCUCCUCCUCCUCCCUCUCCUUCUGUCUUUCCUCCUCUCUCUCCUCCCUCUCAUGAGGUAUCGGCUCCGCCCGGUGGUGAUGAAGAUUGGCGUCUGCCUCUGAACAGCUUGUUCCUGGUUAUUAAUUUCCUGUUCUCCUGUUUUAAAGCUCAUUAAUCGAAUGUCAAAUAAAUGUGAGUCUCUGUUAAAGUUCCAGCUGAGUGGAUUUUACUGAACAGAGAACAGCUGGGCUCGCUGUGAGGAGGGAGGCGUUCAGGAGCAGACGGGAGGCGUGGGAAACACGGCGGCGGAGAAAAUGACGACCUUCAAAUUUUUAAUCUGAAAGGAAACAAAACUGAGGGAGAAAAACAGGAAAGGAUAAAUCAGUCACUGACGUUUCUCUCUUUUACCUCUUUUAUCUGACUUCGACAUGUUUUACUUACAAUCGUUUCUUAUUUUACCUUUUUGGCCUUUUAUUGAUUUUAUUGUUUUUUUCCUGUUCAUGUUUGUUAUUCCAUUUUAUCAUUACUAUUACAUCAUUAUUACUUUAUUAUCAUUAUUAAAAUUGUCUUUUUAUAUUUACUAUCCUGUUUCCUGCUUUCCAUCCCCCUUUUUUAAAAAAAUCCUUUUUAUUUUGGUCUCAUUUUAUGUUGUAGGGUUCUUGGAUUGUCUUGGUUCCUUCUGACAAAUGAAACUGUCCUGCAGUUGAAUCCCCUAAACAGCCUCCAAAACUCAAGGAAAAAAAAAACUCACAAUGUUUUAAAGUGACCCAAAAAAAGUGAUUAAAAAAUAGCUGGCUAGUGCCCCCUAGAGCGCCACAAACGUCAACUUUUUCCGAUCUGCCUGAAAUUUUACAGGCAUGUGUAUCUUGACGAGAUCUUUGAUUUUGCACGCUUGGACUGUUUUCGGCCCAUUUUGACAAUUUGCAUAUAUCACACCAUACACUACUAGUUUGUUUUUACAUCCAUGUUCUGAUGUUCUGUGAUUUACGACUGUUUGUCAAAGAACUUUGUAAACUUCUGUUUUUAAGAGUGAUAUAAAAAUAAAGUUAUUAUUAUUAUACUGAGGGUUUACGGGUGGAAGAGUCCCUGAAGGCAGACUGUCAUUUUAAAGUAAAAAUUAUUAACAACAUUCAUGCUGAUUCAGAGGCAGAGAGUCCGUUUCUCUGGACUGUAGAAACCAAGUAUAAGACGCUGAAAUAAACAAGUGAAGGAACCUCUAAAUAAACGUGUUUCUGUUGUUAUUGGACUAAAGUUCGAGUUUAAAACUCACGAUCAGCUCUGAGGAACUUCAGAGCUGCACACUGAUCCUGGAUGUAAAAGUGAAGAGACCGAGGACGGCGGUGGGAUUCAGACAGCAUUUAUUUCAAAGACAAACGUCUCAGAGUCGAUUUGUCUUAUAAAGCAGCCCUUUACCAAAAAAACUAAAAUCAAUCCAAAUAAACCGACGACGUCAAACCGCAGGACGCUCUCCUCUGAGCGCUCCUCAUCCAUCACAGUAAACAUUUCAGUCACCAAAUAAAACACAAGAAGAAGAAGAAGAAGAAGAAGAAGGUCCUGCAGAAACUAGAACGUGGAGUUUUGGGUGAAAUGUUCCUUUAAAUCAGUCUGAACUAUGAGGACACCUCUGCAGUGCUUCAAAGAACGUCAUAUAAAUAUAAUCAUAAAUCCAUCUGUAAACAUAAAAUCAAACUUUUACAACCAGCAGCUCUUUGGUCGCCUUCCGUCACCUGAUCAGUCACAUGACAAGUCACAUGACCAAACAGAUGGAAGAGCUGCUUCUUCAAAGUCUGAAUGAAUAAAUAAAGACAGAAAAGUCCUUCAUGGUUAAGGCUUUCUGAUCUUCUGUUCCUCCAACCGUGACGCUGAACUUUAACACCAGCCAACGAGCUAACGAGCUAACAGGCUAACAAAGAAGAAAAUGAGUCUGAGGUCAAACGCUAAAUCAGGUCAAACUUCCUGUGAAUCAGAGGAAAUGAAAUUAUCUUCAGCUGCCUGUUUGUCCCAAAGAUUCACAGAAAACUCAAACGCUCUGAAUGUAAACAGUCGCACAGAGAAAGUCAGUGUUUCUUUUGUUCCAGUUUCCUCAGUUUGGUUCAGAUCACUGCGUUAAAACCAGAAACACAAAAGCCCAUGAUGCAUUGCAGUUUAAGACGUCAGUUAAACAGAGAAUCUCUUUAAAACCUUCGAGUCUCAGCGGGGGGUCCUAAAGGUUCAGUCAGUGUUUUUUUCCUCUUUUAUUCGACGUUUCGGGACUAAAACUUCCUUCAGUCUCCUUCAGAAGGGUCAUGUGACCUUGUUGUAGCUGCUGUUGGCUGAUUGGUGGACCACGCCCUCUUUCAGGACAGAUCCUGGUCUCUGAUGGUCUGAAGCUGGUCCUCUCUGAGUCGAUGAUCUUGUUUUUGGGAUCUUUCUCGCUCUGAUUUUGCCGAACAUUCGUCUGUUUUGUUGCAGGAAAGUCGUGACCAGGUGGGACGGACAGACUUCUGUAAAUCAGCGUUUCUCGUCUGUCAAUCGUCACCGCUCUUACUGAACUCCUGUUUUUUAGUUCUGUAUAAACACAGCGAUCACUGCCGACCUCGAAAACAUCAAAACACCACAGGAGUCUUCAGAGGAGAACGGACGCAGGUCCUCGUCCGAACACGUCCAAAUAAAAUAAAAUAAAAACACGUUUUUUUAAUCGUUUAAAACUACGACUUGAUCUUCAUCCUCCUCUUCAUCGCUCUAUGGCUUCUGCUUCACCCGCCACCUGACACCUCCCUUUGAUUGACAGCUCCCUCAGCAGGUGUGCUCAUGGCUUUAUCCUCUUCUAUUGGUCAGUCCCUCUGGUCACGUGACGCUGCGUCCUCUGAGUUUAAAAUAAUCAUCUGCUAUAAUAAUCUCUUCGUCCUGAAGGCUCUGACCUUCGACCCCCGUAGAAAUGCUGAUGCCCGUCAUGUGGGAAACUAACCCCUGACCUGCCACACCCCCAAUUUUCACCGCAUCCAGAACAGCGGCAACUUUCAUGUUGUGAGUUGUCUCUCUAAAGACAGACACAUAGACAUAUAAGCAGUAGAUUGUGUCCUUCCAGAGGAGGAAAUCUACUUCUAGACUUCUAGAAUCAGCAUCUCCUCAUCCAUGGUGUCAUCGGGGUGAAAUGACGUCUAAAAACCUUUCAGUUGUUCGUCUCCGCCCGUUGGCAUGCACCUUUGCAUCUAUGAAAUCUACUUUAUAAGUGGCGAGCCAGCCAGGAGCCAGCCGGAACAAUGGCGAUUUUCACCGUCUUCACAAUUCCGAGAACUCUGUGAUUUACAGGUCUUCGUUGAAAGGACAACUGAACACACUUGAGACGUUUCGCCUAAAGAGUGUUCGAUUUUGAUUUUGAUCCUCAGAGGAACAGAAAGAAGUCGGUGUAAAUUGACACGUUAACUUGAAUGGUUACGAUCAGCUACGAUCGGAGGAUACGACCUUUUAGGAGACGUUCAGGAUGAAGGUGGAAACUGGGGGUCAGGUGCAUCCCACCUGUCUCACAGCUAAGCCCCGCCCCUUUCUGCUUCUAAGAACAGGUAAUGUGUUUCAGGAAAGUGUCGUAUUAACGUGGAGUUCGAAGUUUUCAGGGUCAAAAAUCAAAAGUAGGAGCAGUUACCUCCUUCAGCCACCAGGUGUCCCCACACUGCUCAGGUCAGCUUCAGUGUUCGACGCUUUAAAGCCUUAAAAUGUUUAAAUUUUUAAAGAUCGGUCAUGAAAAAACAUCCUCAGUGAGCACCAGAGGACGAACAGUCAGAGUGUCUCCAUGUUGGAUCAGAUGGUCACAGUCCUGGUCCUCAAGAUCUUCACAGAAAACUGACUAAAAAACAAAACAAUCACUGAUUCAGCUGAAAACAAAGAUCCUGUUUCUGCAGUCCGAGAGGACAAUCUUA